AUGGCGACGACAGGGACUGGAGCGGCUGAUGCGUCGACGACGACCAAGAGAAAACCGGUGUUUGUCAAGGUUGAACAGUUAAAGCCUGGAACGAAUGGUCACAAUUUGACUGUUAAGGUCGUUGAUGCCAAUACGGUGGUUCCUGUCAACCGGAAGGCUCGUCCGGCGACCUCUCUCAGUCGGCCGUCUCAGCCCAGUCGAAUCGUUGAGUGUCUCAUCGGCGACGAAACUGGAUGUAUUCUCUUCACUGCUCGUAACGAUCAAGUUGAUCUUAUGAAGCCAGGGGCAACGGUGAUACUGCGCAAUUCAAGGAUAGACAUGUUCAAGGGUACAAUGAGGCUCGCAGUUGAUAAAUGGGGACUCAUCGAAGCCACGGAACCAGCGUCUUUCACAGUCAAAGAGGAUAACAAUCUGUCUCUUGUUGAAUAUGAACUGAUUAACGUCGGUGAUCAGUGA